AUGUUUAAGAAAUACAAAAACCAAGACUUGGAUAUGGCAUUUUGGUGGAAGAAAAACCCCAAGACUCCUUCCGAUUAUGCCAGGUUGAUCAUCGAACAACUCAACAAAUUCAGCUCUCCCUCAUUAACUCAGGACAAUAAACGAAAGGCACAAGAAGAGUGUACCAAGUAUCUAAUCGGUACAAAGCAUUUUAUCGUCGGUGAUACCGAGCCUCAUCCAACAGCAGAAGCCAUUGAUGAACUGUAUACUGCUAUGCACCAUGCCGAUGUGUUUUAUGAGCUAUUAUUACAUUUUGUGGAUUUAGAGUUUGAAGCAAGAAGGGAAUGCAUGCUUAUUUUCUCUAUAUGUCUCGGAUACUCUAAGGAUAAUAAAUUCGUUACAGUAGAUUAUCUAGUCUCGCAACCAAAAACCAUCUCUUUAAUGUUAAGGACAGCGGAAAUUUCUCUACAGCAAAAGGGCUGCCAGGAUAUUUUUUUAACAGUAGGCAAUAUGAUUAUUGAAUGCAUAAAGUAUGAGCAACUUUGUCGAAUCAUACUAAAGGAUCCUCAGCUAUGGAAGUUCUUUGAACUUGCAAAAUUGGGCAAUUUUGAGAUUAGUACGGAAUCUUUACAAAUAUUGAGUGCUGCAUUUACCACGCACCCCAAAUUAGUUUCUAAGGAAUUCUUCAGCAAUGAAAAUAAUAUCAUCAGGUUCAUUAAAUGCAUUAACAAGUUAAUGGCACACGGAAGCUACGUAACUAAACGACAGAGUACCAAGCUGUUAGCGUCAUUAAUUGUGAUAAGGUCUAAUAACGCGUUGAUGAACAUAUACAUCAAUUCUCCAGAGAAUUUGAAGCUAAUAAUGACUUUAAUGACUGACAAGUCCAAAAAUUUACAACUUGAAGCCUUCAACGUGUUUAAAGUGAUGGUAGCUAAUCCAAGAAAAUCGAAACCCGUUUUUGAUAUCCUUGUCAAAAACAGGGAUAAACUACUGGCAUAUUUCAAAGGUUUUGGUUUGGAUUCUCAGGACUCUACUUUCCUUGAUGAAAGAGAAUUCAUUAUCCAAGAAAUUGAUUCUUUGCCGCGCAUAAUUUCGUCUGCAACAGACAACGCAUCACCGAAUAACGUUCCGAAUAUGAACUCACCAUCAUCGGUAACGAACAAUCAAUCAUCACUCUUGACUCAUUCAACUACGCCUGAUUCAAGAUAG